AUGGAAAAAAUACAAACAGAUAGUGCAUUAUAAUCUGGGAACAAUAAUAAGGAUUCUGAAAUUCAAGAGUAAGAGGAAAUAAAGACAGAUUUUCAUUACUCUAAAAUAGACUUGACCGAGAGAUCUUUAUCAAUAGAGCAUCUUUAAAGAUUCAAUAAAGAAGAUCUUAUAAAUUUAAUCAUAGAAAAUAAAAAAACUCUAAUAGAGGCUAAACCUAAUGUAAAGAAACAUUAGCAAAAGCCUUUCGAUUUUUAAAAGCAUGAAAUAGUUAAGAUUGCAUUGAAAUUCAGCUAUUUAGGCAAGAAUUAUAAAGGUCUAGCCAUUUAAACUAAUACUGAUGAAACUAUAGAAGGAAAAAUAUAUUAAUCAUUGAAAAGGACCUGCUUAAUAUAGCCUGAUUUACCAGUAAAUAGGAGUUAGUAUACUAGAUGUGGAAGAACUGAUAAAGGUGUUUCUGCGUUAGGAAAUGUUUGCUCUCUCUAUGUUAGAAAAUUGAAAGAUGAAAGCUAUUGUCAAACACUUAAUCAUGCUCUGCCUCUAGACAUUAGAAUGAUAUCUUACUGUGAAGUUCCACCCCAUUUCGACUCUAGAUUCUCUUGCAUCUAUAGAGAGUACAAAUACUUCUUUGUGCAGUAGAAUAUGAAUAUUGAUAAAAUAAUAAAAGCUGCAAAGAAGUAUUUAGGGCUGCAUGAUUUUAGGAACUUUUGCAAAAAAGAUGAAAGUGUUAAAAGGGAGGAUGAUGAGUUUGAUGAUGAUUAGAAUUUCAUGAGAAGAAUUUUUAGAUUUGAUAUUUUGCCACUUCAAAUCAAUUAGAAUAAUGAAAAACUAUCCAUCUGGUAUUGUAUCAUAAGAGGUAGCGCUUUCUUAUGGCAUUAAGUCAGAUGCAUGAUGGCAAUUCUAUUUAUGAUUGGUAGAGGGGAAGAGGAUGAAAGUGUCAUUGAUUUAUUAUAUGAUAUUGAAAAGUUACCAGAUAGACCAAACUAUAACAUAGCCCCUGAAAAUGGCUUGAUUUUAAGUGAAUGUGGAUUUGAUGACAUCGAGUGGAGCAAUCCAGUAUUUAGUGAUAUUGAAACUUAUAAUGUCUUUAGAAGACAAUACGAGGAGAAUGCUAUUGAUAUGAGUUUGAAUGAGAUAAUGCUGUAAUACUAUGAAUAGACAUUUAUUGAAUCGCAUAAAGUUAUGAACAGUAUGGGAAUUACAGUCAUUAAUCAAAAGCUGCUUCAAGAAAAUAAAAAAAUAUCAUGGAAUAAUAUGCUAGGAUCAGUAACAAUGAAAAAGAAAGAGAAAAACGAAGGUUCAAUAAUUAGAAAAGCUGCAGAAGGAAAAGUACUUCCUUAGAGUAAGAAAAGAGAGAAAAAGCAAAAAGAAAAGAGAGAUACUAAUUCCUAAAAAUUGGAGUAGAGUGCUAAUUAGUCAUGA